GAAAAACUUGGAAAGAUGGCGGCGCUGGUGUUUGCAGGCGACGUGGAAGUGGGUUUAGAGUCGGUGUUUCCGCAGGAACUGGAGUUGUUUGCUGAUGCUUUUCCUGUGCAGACCCGGUAUCGGCUCUGUGGGCAAGAGCUGAGCAUCACGCAGUACCACGGGGCGCGGCUGGGAGUAGCUGCUCCGGUCUGGGAGGCGGCUCUAGCUCUCUGUGAAUAUUUUGAAGCGAAGAAGGUGAAUUUUCAGGGCAAGACAGUGAUAGAGCUUGGUGCUGGGACAGGUGUUGUUGGGAUCCUCGCAUCGCUUCUUGGCGGCCAUGUAACCAUCACAGAUCUUCCCGUAGCCUUGAAGCAGAUAGAGGAGAAUGUCCAUCGGAAUUUGCCUGCACAAUGCAUCGCCCGAACCAGGGUUUGUGCCCUAUCAUGGGGUCUGGACCACAAGGACUUUCCUCAAAAUUAUGACCUCAUCCUGGGUGCAGAUAUUGUCUAUCUCAAGGACACUUACCCACUCCUGAUACGGACUCUCCAGCAUGUAUGCGGUGCUCAAUCCAUUAUCUAUCUCUCUUCAAAAAUGAGAGAGGAACAUAGUACAGCACUGUUUUUUGAGACUCUGCUCCCUAUGUACUUCACCACAAGACUCACCUUUAGGAAUGAGACCGAGAAUAUUAACAUCUACAAAGUGACCAGCAAGAGUUAAAUUGGUUCAAGGCUAUCUUUGGUCUUAAAACAGUGGAAUAUUCAUUUUCCGUUUUUUUAAACGAAAACAAACACACUGAUUUGAGAAUUCAGCGUGGAGUGAACUUGGUAUCUCUCACUAAUUUCUGUAAGAACAGAUCUGCAAACCUUGCAAGGAAGAAUCCUGUCUGAAGAAACAGCAGCGGUCCUAACAAGUAUAUAUUGCCAGUGGGGAUUUAAUAUGAGGCAGCCAUUCUCUCUAUGUCUUCAUCCUCUUUUCCUGAAGAAACCGUGAGAGAAAUCUGAAGUUACUACAUCUUUAGGAGAGUGUAUUUUCUAGGAGUGUUAUGGCUUUCAGGAAUGUCUCAUUUUGUUCUUUUUUGCAGGAAUGUUCGGAAGUGGCUGUCUGAGGCAACAAAUGGUUUGUGUACAUAAGACAGAACACAGUAGUUCCAAUGGUGAACAGAGGUAGACUCUGCUGCACUUAGGAAAGUUUAUUCAUUGAUUUGAAUUGCAUGUCUGCCCUUUGACAUUUGCUCCUGGGUGAGAAAAACAGCAAGUUAAAAAUAUACUCUGACGCACAUCACACUUGGGGCAACAUAUAUAUCCACAUCAGAGUCAGAGCAUCUGAAUCUCAGCUGAUACGCUGUUUCACAGGGUUGAAUAAAGAUACAUUUUGUAGGUCCCCUAAGUUGAAUGAAAAGGAUUCAGAACUUGUCCACAAAUAAUUGGAAACAAGUGAUCCCACAAAUAAUCUAGACCCUGAGUCAUGCUGCAUGACAACCAGCAUCUUGAAUUAAUGGAGAAAUCUACUGGGAGCUUCUGCAGCUCUCCCAGUUGUAAUUACUCAGAUGUAGCAAGGCAGUCUAUACCUAUUGCUGCUGCAUUCUGGUUCAGUGGUAGGCUUUGUGUGAUUUUCAAAGCCAGCUCCAUAGAGCACAUUGCAGUAGUGCAAAUACAAGGUCAUCAAAGCAUGAAUAACUAUCCUAAGGGCCUCCUGGUCCGAGUACGGUUGCAAAUGAUGCACAAGAUGUAUUUGUACAACGGCUCUUUUUUUACCCUUAAGCAGAAGUUGAGAGCCUAGGAGAAAUUGCAGAAUUGCACACCAAUUGUGUCUGGGGCAGUGCAACCCCAUCCAGAACCAGUGAUGGAAAAUCCCCAGAUUUGGGGUGGGAUGGGGGGUCUAAACUCCAUAGCUACUCAAGUUUUAUUAAGAUUGAGCCUAAGCUUGUUUUUCCCCAUUUGGGCCCCCAGAGCCUGCAGAUUCUGAGGUAGAAGCUCAAUAGCAUCACUUGGUUUGUCAAGAGUCAAACUAUCAUCAAUCAUCAGCACACUAAUGACACUUGACCUUGUGCUAUCAGAUAACUUCACCCUUGCCCAGCAGGUUCAUGUAACUGUUAAAUAGGAGUGGGGAAAACCAAGAACUCUGGAUGUUGUAAAGUGGGACCUGAGAGACCCAAGGAAGGCUAAGAUCGAUACACUACUUCUAUCCCAGUCCUGCUAGAGGUGAUCCACAAGUAUGAUUAAUGCCAUCUCACUAUUACACCUAGGGCAGAACCCCAAAAUUAAAAUGACCUCCAAAGUUGCAGCUUAAUAUACUUCCCCAACAGACAAAUUGUCCGGUGUUGUUGGAUUUAGCGACUGCUUCUAGAGUAGAGAGUUUUUCCCCCCUAUGACUAAAAUCCUGAUUUUGCUCUUCAUCCUCUUCCAGCAACAUUUUAUCAUUUAAUUUCUAGAAGGCUCUUUGAAAAUCACAGCUCUCUGGAAUCAAGCCAUAUAGAAUUCUGGGAGUUGAAGUCCACAAGUCUUAAAGUUGCCAAGUUUGGAAACUUCUGCCGUAUAGGCACAAUGUGAUCCAAAGCUGUCACACACUCAAUCCAAAGUGGCAAUUAAGGCCUCAGUUAAAUCACUAAUCAGAAUCUCAGAAGCAAACUCAAGUUCCCUCUGAAAUCCACAAGGUUCCAUAAAACUGUCCUAAGAAUGAUGUGGAAUUCAAGUGUUGGUUCUUGCUUAAAAGUAGAAGUUCAAGAAUGUACCAGCUAGGCAAAGUGAAACAUUUAAUAUAUGCAUUAAAACCCAUGGUGCCUUUUCUCAUUUUGAGAUGUUUUUGUGUCUUCCUCUUUACAAUAACUUAUACAAAGUGGAAUGUGAUGUUUAUAUGUGCAACAAACACUGCGUGUUUGUAUUUUUAACGCUAUACUGUCCCAUUUAGGAAUCAAGGCUUCGGUCGAAUUUGUAUAUAUCUUAAAAGAUGCUUAGUGAUAUAUAUGCACUUUGUAAAUAGAUUCUGCAUUGCAUAUCAAUUGUACAAAGUACAGCUGCAACUAUUUAUUCUCGCUGCAUUGCAUGGAAGAUAUAUCCCAGCGUAUGUGGCUCCUUGAGAUCAUUUGUCAACUGCCGAUCUAAAAUAA